ACCUUAAUUUUAUUUUGGUUAUUAUUUUUCAUAACACUUCAUAUACCAGUGACUUGUAACCGAGGAAGGAUUUGCAUUGGGAGGAAAAUCUAUUUAUGCACUGGGGAGGGUGGGAAGGGGGCACAUGUUUUCUGGGUUUUUUUGCUAGUGGUAGAGAAAUAAAAGUAUCUAAGAAACAACGAGGUGUCGGUGUCUUUUGUGUAGAGGUGACCUCAGGUAAUGAUUUUAACAUUUGAUGGUGGAUCGGUGGCUACAGCAUCUCAACCAGCAGGAAAGGGUCUCGCCUUGCCGGGCGCUCGAGCCAGAGCUGGUGGCACCUUCUCCUCCCCCUCCCUGUUGUUUGGGGGGUUUGUUUUCCCAGUGGGGUUUAUUUUUGCUGUAGCUGCUCAUAGAGGAAUAAAACCCACAUUUGUACUUGCCGAGUUGGUGUAAAGCUGAGGGAUGAAAGCUGCUGCUUUGGGAGUGUGGAGCUGGUCCCUGUGCGUGUUCUCAAGGGACCCGCAGCCACCUGCAUCCCCCUGUCCAUCCUUGCCCAGGUGGGACCCGUGGCCACCAGCCCCUGUGUGUCACCCUGGGCCACCGUGUCCCCCGGCAGAGGUGCUGCCGCCAUGGGGCGGGCGCUGCCGGGCUGUUAAUGAUUUGCGGGAUGACGUGGGGACUAAAGGGCUUUCCAAGGGUCACUGCCGGGUGGCACCUGGAAGCGUGGCCACCCUCGCCCAGCCCCGCAAGAUGGUGUCUCUGAGCGACUUCCAGCGGAUCGGAGUGGGACUGGUCGGCUUCGGCCUCUUCUUCAUCUUUUUUGGGACGCUCUUGUACUUCGACACAGUGCUCCUGGCCUUCGGGAACAUCCUCUUCCUCUCUGGCUUGGUCUUCAUCAUCGGCUUCAGGAGGACCUUCACCUUCUUCUUCCAGCGGCCAAAGCUGAAGGGCACCAGCUUCUUCCUCGGGGGGGUCCUCAUCGUCCUCAUGCGGUGGCCGCUCCUGGGGAUGCUGCUGGAGGGUUACGGCUUCAUCAUCCUCUUCAGGAGUUUUUUCCCGGUGGCUUUUGGGUUUUUGGGUGCACUGGUAAACAUCCCGGUGCUGAGCAAGCUCUUGCAGAAGGUGGGAGACAGCAGCUCCAUGGUGUGACCUGUGGGACGGGCCAUGUGGCUGGAGAUGGGACAUCACGAGCGAGCCCUGGGUCCGGCUGUUCUGUGGUGAGCUGUCACCUCUCUCGGCCACGGGACACUCGGGGCUGGCCAGAGCCACCCCCACCAUGGGGACGGUGCC